GCUCGCCCUCUGCAGACAUACCUCGUCGCUCGCCGGCGUUUACUCUCGUUUUCUUUCCCCAGAGGAUAUCCACUGAAACGGUCGACAAGAUGGUCAAGACUACUUAUGCGCUUACGGUCUUUGCUGCCGUGAGCAUGGCGGCUCCCAUGGCACCAAAUGGCAAUGAUUAUACGGGCGUGGAGCCGAUGCGUCGCGAUGGUUCCGAUACUCUCAUCGGCGCGGGUACAGACUCGGCUCUGAACCAGCUGACACCUAAGCAGAAGGCUGAAGUCGCCGAGGCGUUGAAGAACCAGAAGCCUAGUAUUUUGCACGGAUUGCCCUUGAUCGGCGGUCUUUUCACUGGACCUCUGAAGCGCAGCGUUGAGAAGGAGCUGCACGCUCGCUCUCUGACUGGCGAUUUGAGCCACUUGCCCCUGCUGGGUGAACUAUUCGGUGGUAACCAGGACAAGAACCAGAACAGCAACAAGCCUCUUGGUGACGGCGAUGCCAUGCCCGGCAAAGCUGCCCGUUCAUACCCCGGCCAAAACUACGGUCAGAAUGCCGGACAGAACGCUGGUCAGAAUGCCAGAGAGAACGCCGGUCAAAAUGAAGGCCAGAACGAGGGCCAAAACGAUGGCGAAAAUGAAGGCCAAAACGAGGGCCAGAAUGACAACCAGAACUGGCUGCAGAACUACGCCCAGAACUACGCUCAGAACUUCCGCCGUGACCUGACCAGCGACCUGACGGGCGAGCUGAGCAGCCUGCCCCUCAUUGGCAGCCUUCUCGGUGGUGGUCAAAAAAAGGACGCUACCAAGCGUGACACCGAGGCCAAGCCAGAGAGCCUCGGCCUGCUCUCUUUCGUCAAGCAGCUCACUUCCGGACGCCCCGAGACUAUCAGCCACCGCCGCCGCGAGGUAGGCGAAGAGUCUGACGAAGGCGAUUUCGACUACGAUGCUGAGGACUCGCGCGAUCAUUACAAUGGGCUCGAGGGCCUCGACGCCGCGGCGGAUGCUGCGGACGUUGAUGCCACGCCUGCUGCCGACGUUGAUGCUACGAAUGCUGCCGACGUUGAUGCCACGAAUGCUGCGGACGUUGAUGCCACGAAUGCUGCCGACGUGGAUGCCACGAAUGCUGCCGACGUUGAUGCCACGGAUGCGGCUGAUACUUCGUUGCGGAUGCGCCGUGACUUGCUCGACAUGCUCAAGACCCCGCAACAGGCCGAGCAAGCUCAAAAGCCCGGUCAAGACGCCAAAAAGGCCGCCAAGAGUCCGUUGAAGGAACUCCUCGACGAGAGUGGCCUGGGCGAACUCGUUAAACACAAGGACCACGGUGUUGGUAUCCUGCCGAUGAAUGGCCGUCGUGCUGUGGCUGUUGAGCCUCGAGGAGGUGAGCCUAUUCAGGGAUCCACUCUGCCGGAGGUCCUUUUCAGUGGCGGUGUUUUGGGGAGGCUCAAAAGUAUCUUCGUGCCCAGUGCGCCUGCUCCUGCUCCUGCUGCCGCUGAUCAGUAGGGAUGAUUUGGAGUGGUGGGACCCUUGAAGCGUAGCUUCCCAUUUUUGUUCGAUUGGUGGGAGGCUGUCAACGUGAUAUGAGGAGUGCCGUUGGUGUCGAUGAUGUAUUUAUUGAAGUUCAGUUACAAUAUCAUUUCAUUCGAGUGAAAGAGGCUUAUGGUCAGAUUGAUAAUGCUGCUAUCAUAUAAAGCCUUGGAAGUAUAAAAAGCUCCCCUCAUUCUGCCCAUUUUGUGCAGGGCCUAAGAAUAAUAGAAAGGAAAGCAAGGAAAAAAAAAACACCGGGAUCGUAAAGUCGUCAAGCGCGUUCAGCUAGUUCAACUUGGUGCGAAUAGCCAAGUCAACCAGCGCGGUUGGGGUAUCGAAUCGUGAGAAGCAUCAGCAAAAAAGAGAAAAGGCCGUGUCAAAACCAAAAGAAAAGAAAAGCAAACAACAAAAAGCCAAAGAGGAGAGGUUCGAAGGACGACGCCAAUGCAAUAGUCCAAAUAUGGCUCAGUCAAAGUCCAUGUCCAGGUCGUCCACCUGCACCGUUGAUCCCAAAGCCUGUUUACCUUCUCGGAUCAUUGCCUGGAGUUGCCGGUUCAAUCGCUUGAUACUGGCAUCCUCUUCACGUUCCCUCCGGCGUAUCUGCGCUGCAUGUCGUUGCAUUUCAGCCGAGCCCGGCCCCUCUCUCAAUCGAGGUGAAGGCAGACCGUGAUGUCUCGUAGGCGUAGAAGGCCGCAUCGUCGAAAUGGGUCUUUUGUUCAACUUCGGCAUGACAGCUGGCCGACGGCGGGGGCUGGAUGCCUGAUGAACCCGACGAGGGCGCGCGGAGGGACUGCUGGCCCCAUCACCGAGGAAAGGAUCAGUCGGAUCGGAGGGUAUCACGACCCAGUUACAAUCAAUAUCCUCGUCGGGAUACUGGCCGGGGAUUGGGGUUCGAAAGAUCCGUUCUUUCUCUGCUGGACUCGGCCCGGCCUCCCAGCUGGCGUUGAACGGUGCUGGUGAGCCGGUCUGCAUGUUGUAGCCUUGUCCGCCGCCAGCAUAAAAGCCCCGGAAUGCACCCGACCAGCAGAGAUCGAUGACCUUUCCGACGACGUUGAUCACGGUUCGCCCCCAUCCGACGGCUCUUGUGUUAGGGCUGACAUCCUCAGCGCAUGGUGAGGUGAGGAUGGACUCGCGGCGACUACGCUUGCGACUCGUCCCGUGGAGGUCGCCAUCCAAAGCAUCAACGCUGUUGUCGAGCGAGGGUGGUAGAAAUGACUCGCGGUAUCGGUUGGGACGAUAGUCGAGAUCGGCAGAGUGGAGAAACUGAUCGUGUCCGUUCCUUUUGCUAUAGUCGGCUUGGAGAAGUGGAGAAGCGGAAGCUACUUCGGUCGAGGCCUCGAAUUUGGAGGAGAGUUUUUCGAUAUCGCGACGAGCUCGCUUCCGACUGACAGAUAGCGAGUAAAGUGACGACGAGGCCGAUGCAGAUGCAGGGACUUGGAAGAACUGCGAGUUGGCGCUGGCGAGGUCGAGUUUGGGUGGGGAGGCCGACUGGUGGAAGAGAGCCGGCAUGUCCGGCAUAUUUGGAGGAGUUGAGGGGGUGAGGAGAGGAGAUGAAAGAAAGGAGGUCAGAGAAGUACAGAGGAGAGAUGCAGCAGGGAGUUUGAGAAAAAAGAAGAAGAAUAAAAUGGGAGCGAAAGUCGAAGACAGGGAGAGGAAAGGAAAAAAAGUAACGAGGUUGGGAAACUCGGUCGGGUUAGUUGGAGAAAAACAACAAAGCGUCAUUGGAUAAAGCUGACUCCAGAACUACUUUGUUGAACUAAUGGCUAAUUCAAAAGAAGCCACUGGAAAGUUUUUGAAGCU